AUGGUCCGCGAAAACGCACAGGGCUACGAUAAGUCUCCCUUCAAGCUUCAUCGCCGUCUCCCGAGCCUCUCUGGCGCCCUGGGGAUCCGUCAAGCACGCAUCACUUCGUAUCAUUCUACGACCAACGUCCACGCCGCGGCGAACUGGCCAAUUUCCACACGCGCAUACAAGACCUCCCUCCCCAACGAACAAAAAACUGGAGUCUCGAACGAGGGAUAG